AUUUCUGAGAACUGUUGUGUAACGUGUGCUGUCUGUAUUACCCAGUUCAUUCUACUUUUAGAUCAUCUUCAGACUUCCGCCCCCUUUCACCUCGGUCCGUUCUCCACCACCAGUUCUUCUGCCAUCACCACCACCACCACCGCCAGUGCGUACGCCAUCACCAUCACCAUCACCUUCUAUGAUCUGUAAUUUCACAAACCUUUGAGAUGUCGUGAAUUGCUGAUCUCCAAUGCAAUCCCUCAUUUCACGGAAAUGUGUUCCAUUUAGAUUGUCUGAUCGAUUGAACAUUUUAUAAAAUUGAAAUAUAUGAUAUGGCUGCAAGUGCACCUUCGUCGUACGAAGAAACCGUCAAUAAUAACUCGAGGAGUAGUAGUGAACGAUGUUGCGAUGAGAGCUACAGUCUUAGCGCUGACGUCAGCGAAUCUGAAAGUUCUAGCAGUUUCUCUGGUCGCGGCUACAACUGCGGAGCUACUUCCAGUUCCUUGACAUCCUCUCCACUCGGUGCUGCUUUCCGUACUGUUUCCGUCACCGAUUCCAUCUUCCCGCCAACGCCGUUCGCCUUCCCGCUGUCUAGCGGAAAGGAUGACGUGAUAGGUUGGGAAAAGAAGCAGCAUAGGAAACAACAUGAUACCGAUUUAUCUGAGAUCGACAUGAUGAAGGAACGUUUUGCUAAGCUUCUUCUCGGAGAAGACAUGUCUGGAGGUGGCAAAGGAGUUUGCACUGCCCUAGCAAUCUCAAAUGCCAUAACAAAUCUAUCUGCAUCCGUGUUUGGAGAAUUAUGGAGGCUGGAGCCAUUGGCGCCACAGAAGAAGGUAAUGUGGCAAAGGGAAAUGGAAUGGCUUUUAUCAGUAAGUGAUGCCAUUGUAGAUCUUGUCCCUUCAAUCCAACACUUCCCUGGUGGAGGAACAUAUGAAGUUAUGGUCCCACAUCCACGAUCCGAUAUGCAUAUGAAUCUCCCUGCAUUGAAAAAGCUGGAUGCUAUGUUAAUUUGUAUGCUUGAUGGGUUUCGCGAUAGGGAGUUCUGUUAUGUUGAUCGUGGGAUAGUCUUAGCUGAAGCUGAGACUUGUGAUACUCAUGCAUAUCCAUCAAGUGUUUCAGCAGCAAGACCUUCAGUUAGGCAGGAAGAAAAAUGGUGGUUACCUUAUCCCAAAGUUCCUUCAAAAGGGUUAUCAGAGGAUGCCAGAAAGAAGCUGCACCAAUGCAGGGAUUGUGCAAACCAGAUACUUAAAGCAGCCUUGGCCAUAAAUAGCAAUGUACUUUCUGAAAUGGAAAUCCCAAGUGCUUACUUGGAAACAUUACCUAAGAAUGGAAAAGAGUGUUUGGGUGAAAUCAUCUAUCGAUACAUAAGUGCAGACAAAUUCUCCCCUGAAUGUCUUCUUGAUUGCCUUGAUUUGUCAUCAGAGCACCAUACUCUUGAAGUAGCCAAUCGUAUUGAAGCAGCCAUUCAUGCAUGGAGACUAAAAGAGUAUAAAAAACAUCCAAAAAGCAAACGUUCAUCUUCAUCAUGGAGUAAAAAAGUGAAGGGUCUACUUGCUGAUAAUGAUAAGAACAAUUCUCUAGCACAAAGAGCAGAAACCCUUCUACAUAGCUUAAGACGCCGCUUUCCUGGGCUUCCACAAACUUCCUUGGAUAUGUCCAAGAUUCAAUAUAACAGGGAUGUUGGGCAGUCGAUUCUAGAAAGCUACUCAAGGGUGACUGAAAGUUUGGCGUUUAACAUAAUGGCAAGAAUUGAUGAUGUCAUCUUUGUAGAUGAUGAUGCUUGUGUUGUUUCGGAAUCUUUGUCGAUUUUCAAUAAAAGAGGAGGUUUAGGAGGGACACCUGUCCAAAAGCGAAUGUCCCCGAGUCCGUUUUCAAUCCAACACUCAUCGCCAUUUGCCACUCCAACAUUCUGUUUAUCGCCUGCUGAAACAGACAGGCCAUGGACAUAUGCUGCUGGAAAAGCAACUGUUAAUGCUCCAGAGCGUCAUUGAGUUUUUCAGCACCUGUUUUUGUUUAAUUAUGAGUAGUAGAGAUUCUAAUGUAAUCACUUUUGAUAUGAUUACCAUUAAUAAAAGAGUUGGGAGCA